AAUUGAAUUUUUAAAUCAACGAAAAAACCCCUUUUUUAUGAUGAUAGCCCCCCCAGCUUGUCACAGCCCUUUCCAACCAGCCCCACGUCAUAUCGGAGCUUUUAAAGGAACGAAAGCUUUAAAAACGCCUAAUUUUAAUUACUCAUCUCACGAUAAACAUUGGAUCGUUGAAAUGAACCCGAAUUAUUUACCGACGAAUAUAACAAGUUUAGAUCGAAUUCAACAACUCAGAAUGGAAACUUUGUUAUCCGUUGAUGAAAUGGUUGAGCGGCUAAUAAAAAAAUUAAUUGAUUUAAAAAUUUUAAACGAAACUUACAUCAUUUUUACCUCAGAUAAUGGUUUUCAUAUCGGGCAGUUUACUCAACCUUGGGAUAAGAGGCAACCGUACGAAACGGAUGUUAAAGUCCCCUUUUUCAUUAAAGGGCCCAAAAUUCGAUCGAAAUCUUUGGAAAAUCGACCGAUUUCGACCAUCGAUGUGUUACCAACGAUUUUAGAUUUAGCCUCGAUCGAAAUUCCGGGAGAUAUCGAUGGAGUUUCGUUUAAACAAUAUUUAUUUAACCCUGGCGAUUCUAAAAAGCCUUUUUUUGAUGAUAAAAAUAUGAAUGAUUACGUUUUUUUGGAGUAUUUCGGCGAAGGAGGAGAAAGUGUUGAUGAAAAUUGUUUCAUUUCAUCGCCGAGAGAUGUCGCUGAGUGUUCGUUGGAAAAUUGGUGUAAAUGUCAAGAUUCGAAAAAUAAUACUUUUACUUGCGUUAAGAUUUUUGGGAAAUACGAGGAUUUUAAAUAUUGUCAGUUUAAAGAUGAUUUGGGGUUUAUUGAAGCUUACGAUUUAAUGCUAGAUCCUUAUGAACUUAAAAAUGUUUAUACUCAACUUAAAACGGAUCAAAUUAAUUAUUACAAUCACCUUUUAAAUCGAUUCAAAAAUAAAAUAAAUUAGUUAUUUAACACCACAUAUUCUUUCCUUUUCAACCCUACUCAUUCCAGAUCUAACCUGAUAGGUUGGCGAUCUGCUUGUGUAGUUGUAGCUGUAAUCACUAUCUGUACCCUACAAAGAUGGGAAGACACUUGAAAACAUGGAGAAUCCCGGGAAUAGAGGAGGCCAAUCAAAUUAAUCACGCCCGUUGUAUCGAUCAAAUAUACAUAAGAGAAGAGCAAGAGAUCGAAAAUAAUGGCAGUUAGACAAA